UAUUGGUCAGAGGUGCUGCCGGUCAGAAGGGCAGCUCGGGCGAGGAUUGGCUGCGUGAGGCGGGGCGCGGCGCGGCUAAAGAAGGAGCCCAAGGGGUGGGGCUGACGCUGCAGCUGGCGCAGCUCAGACUCAGGGUAGCCGCGGCGGAGCAACUAAGCAACCACCUUCCCCCUCCGGUUCCCGCGCCCGGGCCGGGGCAAGGCCCCCCCACCGCCGGGUCCCCGGGGGCUGCAGCAGCGGCGGCGGCGGCGGCAGCGGCGCCGCUCGCGGUUCCCGCCGGGGCCCGGGCGCCGGCCCCGCUCUGCAGGAUGGGCACGGUGCUCUCUCUUUCCCCCGCCUCCUCGGCCAAAGGCCGGAGGCCCGGCGGGCUGCCCGAGGAGAAGAAGAAGGCGCCGCCCGCCGGGGACGAGGCGCUGGGGGGCUACGGGGCGCCGCCAGGAGGCAAGGGCGGCAAAGGCGAGAGCCGGCUCAAGCGGCCGUCCGUGCUCAUCUCGGCUCUCACCUGGAAGCGCCUGGUGGCCGCGUCUGCCAAGAAGAAGAAAGGCGGCAAGAAGGUGACGCCCAAGCCGGCGUCUACGGGCCCCGACCCCUUGGUCCAGCAACGCAACCGAGAAAACCUUCUCCGCAAGAGCCGGGAUCCCCCCGACGGCGGCGGCGCUGCCAAACCCCUGGCUGUGCCGGUGCCCACCGUGCCGGCGGCUGCCGUCACCUGCGAGCCGCCGUCGGGGGGCAGCGUUGCAGCCCCGCCACCCGGCUCUGGAGGUGGAAAGCAGCCACCGCCGCCGCCCCCAGUCCCGCAGACGGUGCCGCCAGUGCCUGGCGGCUCGCCGAGGCGGGUCAUCGUGCAGGCGUCCACCGGCGAGCUGCUGCGCUGCCUGGGCGACUUCGUGUGCCGACGCUGCUACCGCCUCAAGGAGCUGAGCCCUGGCGAGCUAGUGGGCUGGUUCCGCGGAGUGGACCGCUCGCUGCUGCUGCAGGGCUGGCAAGACCAAGCCUUCAUUACACCCGCCAACCUGGUGUUCGUGUACCUGCUGUGCCGCGAGUCGCUGCGCGGGGAUGAGCUGGCGUCGGCCGCAGAGCUGCAGGCCGCCUUCCUCACCUGCCUCUACCUCGCCUACUCCUACAUGGGCAACGAGAUCUCCUACCCGCUCAAGCCCUUCCUAGUGGAGCCCGACAAGGAGCGCUUCUGGCAACGCUGCCUGCGCCUCAUCCAGCGGCUCAGCCCGCAGAUGCUGCGGCUCAACGCCGACCCCCACUUCUUCACGCAGGUCUUUCAAGACCUCAAGAACGAGGGCGAGGCCGCAGCCGGCGCCGGAGGUCCACCCAGCGGGGGCACUCCCGCGGCCGCCGCCUCCUCCUCGGCAGCCAGGGACAGCUGCGCGACCGGAACCAAGCACUGGACUAUGAAUCUGGACCGCUAGAGAUACCCAAGGGCCGCGCCCGCCCCCCAUCCCAGCCCCUGACACACACUCGGAGUCCCCGGGAUCAUCAAGCUGCCGCCGCUGUUACCGCCGCUCCGCGCCGUGGCCGGAGGAGGAGUCGCCCCUGCCCCGCAGGGGAAGGUGGAGGCCAGGACGCCAGAGGCCGCGGCGUCCGGAUUUGCUGGGUGUAGGGUGGGGUUGGGGGAUAAGUGCGGGAGGGGGACCCCCAACCCCACCCUUUCUCUCUGUGUGUGCCCUCAUCUCUGCCCGGGUCCCUCCAUUACCUUCUGGGUGUGUCUGUAAGUCCAUCUCCCUCGGUUUUGACCAUUCAUCACCUCCUUCCUCUAUCUUCAUCUUCCUUCCUGUCUGCCUAACCAUCUUUCUCUCUGCCCUUCCAUUUUCCGUUCUUAGGUAUGUAUUUCCGCCUCCAUCUUUGCCCCUACCUUACUAUCCUUCACACCCCGUUUCUCUUUCUAAACCUGUGUCCCCAUCUCCCCUUCCCUUCUCUUUCUCCUCGCUCCUGGCAUGUGUCAUCAUUUUCCCUCCUGUCUGCCUUACCCACUCUGCCUAUGUCAGCUUGCAUUCUUUUCCCUACUGAGCCCCCAUGCAUCCUCCCCAGACCACGGGGAGCAUUAGUUCUUGAUUUGAAUCGACUGAGGUGCGGCGAGAAACUGCAGCCCCGGGAGCCCAGACACCGCCGGGAUGGUCCUCUGCCCCACCCCCACCUCCUCUCCCUACCUUUUACAACGUGUUGCAUGCCGGGAGUUGUGGGGGGAGGGGGUUGCCGGCUUCAGUAAGCUGAAGUUCUGGAGCAAAGUCAACCUAGGAGGCCACCCCGGCGGCGGCGCCUCAGCGGAAGGGUGGGAGGAGACAGAAAAUUCUUCUUACCCUUGAGGAGGGGUACCUCCUCUUUCUUAUCCUUAGGUGUUUUUGUUCCCCCUUUCCCCCUUUUAAUUUAUUUGGUUGUUUCAGGAGGGAGGAGGGAGGGGGGAGGGAGAACGGGAGCUGUCUGAGGUGCUGAUCCGAGGCCGGACUGGAGUCCUCCCGGGAGGGUACCAGGGAAUGGGUUGGGCCUGGUGCCGUAUCCAAGGUGCCAAUGAUGCGGGCCGACGGCGCGGGCCGCACUGUUUGUCCGUCUGUCCCGGAGCGAACUAUAAAGCGCUGGAAGCGCCUGCA